AUGAGAAUAAGAGAGACAGCACAACUGUACCUAACAGAAACAAGCGAGUCUAGUAGAUGGCAUGCGAGGUUGGGCCAUCUAAACUUUGAGAACCUGAAGACGAUGAUAGACAAAGGAGUUGUACGAGGAAUCCCAAGAGUGAAUAUCGAAAAGAAGAUAUGUGGAGCAUGUCUACUUGGGAAGCAGACAAGGCAAGUGUUUCCACAAGCUUCUUCCUUUAGAGCAAGCAAGAAGCUUGAACUAGUUCAUGGAGAUCUCUGCGGGCCAAUAACUCCAAGUACAGCUGCUGGAAACCGAUACAUAUUCGUUCUCAUAGACGACUACUCCAGGUACAUGUGGACAGUUCUGAUGCAAGAGAAGAGUGAAGCUUUUACAAAGUUUAAAAACUUCAAGAACUUGGUGGAGCAAGAAGCAGGAACAAGGAUUCAGACCUUCAGGACAGAUAGAGGUGGAGAGUUCUUAUCACAUGAGUUUACUCGGUUCUGUGAAACUUCAGGUGUAAAGAGGCAUCUUACCGCUCCUUAUACUCCUCAACAAAACGGCGUUGUUGAAAGGCGAAAUAGGACUCUGAUGGAGAUGACAAGGAGUAUAAUGAAGCACAUGCAUGUACCAAACUAUCUCUGGGGAGAAGCAGUACGACAUUCAACUAUCUCUUAA